GCUGAAAGUUUCAUGAUUUGGGGAGGGGGCAGGUGUGGAAGAUGAGUUUCCCACACAACACAGAAUGUGGAGCUAAGGAGGGCACCUCUGAUAAAAAGAGAUUUCUGUAAAUACACGAGAAAAGCAGUUCUGUUGACACUUUCUUCUUCUGUCUAUAAAACGCACGAGUGACAAAUAGGCCAUGUGUUAACACCAGACAAUGAAGAUCCCCGCUCUCCACUGAUCACCAGUGAUGACGCUGGCAGCUUCUUUUCUGCAGGUUCUAGUGACGCCCCCCUUUUGAGCUCGCCUCCCGGAAACAAGCUUCCCUUCAAACCCUGGGUCUGAGCCAGCUAGGGAUGUGAGUCCCUUGUUCCCAGUGAGAAAUGGUGGCUCUGAAUCUAUAAAACACACCCUAAAUUCAACCUGCCGACAUGGACCAGCCGCUUUCAGCGUUAGCCGUAAAGACUGGCUUAGUGUGAGAUCUUGAAAGAAGAAACAAACCGCGGUGUGGCUGUCACUACGUUAACCUCAGCUGAGGCACAGAGUCACUGUCCAGGAGGGCACGCAGCGUCCGUGUCAUUCACGGGCAGCGUCUUUGCUCCCGAUGAGGUUUAGAGUCCAACCUCAGCCCGAGUGAUCACCUGUGACAUAAAAUUGUCACAGAGAGGCCUUGAUGCACGUGCCUGGAGGCUUGACCUCUGUCCUAUGACCCAAGCUGCGGUGACCCCUUGGUGGCGGGCAGGUGGGCACUGCGAAUCACUCUCACCGCACGUGUCUUGUGCUCCUUGCAGGUGUUAAGGCCCCAGAUCAGGUGAGGCCCGGCUCUGCCAGCCAUCCACCAUGGUGGUGGCAUACCCUACUGCCACCGCCACCACCACACCUGCUGCCACCGUCACGGCCACCGUCGUGAUGACCACGGCCACCAUGGACCUGCGGGACUGGCUGUUCCUCUGCUACGGGCUCAUUGCCUUCUUGACGGAGGUCAUCGACAGCACCACCUGCCCUUCAGUGUGCCGCUGUGACAACGGCUUCAUCUACUGCAAUGACCGGGGACUCACCUCCAUCCCCCCUGACAUCCCCGACGACGCCACCACCCUCUACCUGCAGAACAACCAGAUCAACAAUGCUGGCAUCCCCCAGGACCUCAAGACCAAGGUCCACGUGCAGGUCAUCUACCUGUACGAGAACGACCUGGACGAGUUCCCGGUCAACUUGCCCCGCUCCCUGCGGGAGCUGCACCUGCAGGACAACAACGUGCGUGCCAUCGCCAGGGACUCGCUGGCCCGCAUCCCGCUGCUGGAGAAGCUGCACCUGGACGACAACUCCGUGUCCACCGUGAGCAUCGAGGAGGACGCCUUUGCCGACAGCAAGCAGCUCAAGCUGCUCUUCCUGAGCCGGAACCACCUGAGCAGCAUCCCCGCGGGGCUGCCCCACACACUGGAGGAGCUGCGGCUGGACGACAACCGCAUCGCCACCAUCCCGCUGCACGCCUUCAAGGGCCUCAGCAGCCUGCGGCGCCUAGUGCUGGACGGCAACCUGCUGGCCAACCAGCGCAUCGCCGACGACACCUUCAGCCGCUUGCAGAACCUCACCGAGCUCUCGCUGGUGCGCAAUUCGCUGGCCGCCCCACCCCUCAACCUUCCCAGCGCCCACCUGCAGAAGCUCUACCUCCAGGACAAUGCCAUCAACCACAUCCCCUACAACACGCUGGCCAAGAUGCGUGAGCUGGAGCGCCUGGACCUGUCCAACAACAACCUCACCACGCUGCCCCGCGGCCUGUUUGACGACCUAGAGAGCCUGGCCCAGCUGCUGCUCCGGAACAAUCCUUGGUUCUGCGGCUGCAACCUCAUGUGGCUGCGGGACUGGGUGAAGGCGCGGGCGGCUGUGGUCAACGUUCGAGGCCUCAUGUGCCAGGGCCCCGAGAAGGUCCGGGGCAUGGCCAUCAAGGACAUCACCAGCGAGAUGGACGAGUGCUUCGAGGCAGGGUCACAGGGUGCUGCGGCCGCCGCCGCCAAGACCACGGCCAGCAGCCGCGCCUCUGCCACCACACCCCAGGGCUCGCUCUUCACCCUCAAGGCCAAGAAGCCGGGGCUGCGCCUCCCUGACUCCAGCCUCGACUACCCCAUGGCCACGGGCGAUGGGGCCAAGACCCUGGUCAUCCACGUGAAGCCUCUGACGGCAGACUCCAUCCGCAUCACGUGGAAGGCCACGCUCCCCGCCUCCUCCUUCCGGCUCAGCUGGCUGCGCCUGGGCCACAGCCCCGCGGUAGGUUCCAUCACGGAGACCUUGGUGCAGGGGGACAAGACGGAGUACCUGCUGACGGCCCUGGAGCCCAAGUCCACCUAUAUUAUCUGCAUGGUCACCAUGGAGACUGGCAACACCUACGUGGCUGACGAGACGCCCGUAUGUGCCAAGGCGGAGACGGCCGAUAGCUACAGCCCCACCACCACGCUCAACCAGGAGCAGAACGCCAACCCCAUAGCCGGCCUGCCUCUGGCAGGCAUCAUCGGUGGCGCGGUGGCCCUUGUCUUCCUCUUCCUGGUUCUGGGGGCCAUCUGCUGGUACGUGCACCGGGCCAGCGAGCUGCUGACCCGGGAGCGGGUCUACAACCGGGGCAGCCGGAAAAAGGAUGACUAUAUGGAGUCUGGGACCAAGAAGGAUAAUUCCAUUUUGGAAAUCCGAGGCCCCGGGCUGCAAAUGCUGCCCAUUAACCCUUACCGCGCCAAAGAGGAGUACGUGGUCCACACCAUCUUCCCCUCCAACGGCAGCAGCCUCUGCAAGGGCACACACACCAUCGGCUACGGCACCACGCGAGGCUACCGUGACGGCGGCAUCCCCGACAUAGACUACUCCUACACAUGAUGCCCGCCUGGCACGCCCGCCCCAGCUCCCGGCUCCUCCUGGUGUGGCGACCCUGUGGCUUUGCUCAGCCCGCUGCCACCCGACAGAGCAAGGAAAAGAAACUCCGUGAUGACUUUCCCACCAAAAAGCAAAGUUUGGGGAGCGCUGACAAUUUUUUAGAACACGACAGGGGAAAAAAAGGGAAAAAGAAAUUUUUUUUUUAAACGGUAGAAGGCAGGAAGGGGUAUCUGACGUUGCUGAAGACCUAAUUUAUACCGAAGUACGCCCUUUGGAGAGGGAAAGACUAAAAACAAUAUUGCAGGAAGGGUCGGACUGGUUUGUUUUUUUUUUUCCCUGAACUGCAAAGAUACUACCUGUACAACGUCUGUGUAUGUCUCACGCUCUGUUUGGGGCCGUCACAAAAGGACCGCCAGAGAGAAGCAGCCGACACGCAAAGUCCCCACGCAGCUCUCGCUGCCAGCCGCUCACUGGCCACGACGUGAGGGCGGUUUUCAGGCUCCUCACAAAGAAGAGGGGGAAGAAAAGGUCUUUUGCUAUGGAGAUGUUGUCCUGAAAUCUCUUCUCUGGUUCUUUCCGUACCGUUUCCCUUACAGACUUUCAGAAAUACUUCGUCCUUCACUGCAUUCUUUGAACAAUGAUGUAGCCAAUUAAAAAAACAAAACUUUCUUUCUCCUAUACUGAAACCGUCUUCACUUCCAUGCACCAUACUCUGUGGAAGCCCCAUGGAAGCUGCGGCUUUCCCGGCCACCUGAAGGCGCAUCUAUCUACCUAUCUAUAUGUCGUGUCUCUAAAUACAGACUGGUAGGUAGAGCCACAUAGAUGGUCCUUACAGUACUUCCUGGGUCAGUUCGUACAAUUUCUUGAGACAAUAGAAUCGCGAAAACGUUGCUUUCUCCUAGCAAUCACCGAGUAAGUAGACACAGUGUGUUGGGGAUGGGAGUGGGGUGGGGGACAAUGCUGUUCCUAAAGGCGGAGGCGUGUCUGUCCUGGACGGGUGGCUGGGGGGACCCUGGGCAAGGGAUGCUUUCGGUUUGAUCCUAUCUCGGGUUGGCCAGAGCUGGGCCGUGCUCCUUUCUCAUACAGAGAAACUUUCUUUGACGGCAAGUGUCCUCCUCUCCCUCCCCUGGGAGACAGAACACGCGGUCACCUCAGCAGCUACUUUCUCUGUGCUCUGUGCUUCCUCCUGGGACAGGUCAUUGGCAUAGGAAUGGGUUUUUUUGUUUUUUUUUUUAAUAUCAGGUGAUUAGACCUAA